AUGUUUCAAGUUUCGUCCCUUUAUCAGCUGUUAGUUGCUAGUUUUGUGCUUCUUUUGGGGUCUCCUGUGUUAGGAGCGGCUUCAAACUAUGCACCAAUUGCCAUCAACCUACCAGCCUUUAGCAAAGAGUGUCUUUACUACGAUCUGGUUUCCCAUGAGGAGUCUUUAGUGGUGAGCUAUCAAGUUCUUACUGGUGGUAACUUUGAGAUCGAUUUCGAGAUCACUGCACCAGAUGGAAGCCAAAUUGUCAAUGAGAAGCAAAAGAAGUACUCCGACUUCUUGCUGAAAUCGUUUGGGUUGGGCCAAUACUCAUUUUGUUUCAGCAACACGUAUGGUACUGCAUUGAAGAAAGUUGAGAUCGUCUUAGAAUUAGAGAAAGGUGCUCUUAGUGACGAGAAUUCUUCACCAAAGGAUGCUAUCGCCAACAAUGCCAUUGAAGAGAUCGACAGAAGCUUGAUCAAGAUAAGUAAGACUAUGAAUUAUCUGAGAGCAAGGGAAUGGAGAAACAUGUCCACGGUGGAGUCCACUUACUCUAGAUUGACAUGGUUGUCGCUAUUGAUUAUGGGUAUCAUGAUUGGUAUUAGUGUCAUACAGGCUGGAAUCAUCCAAUUUUUCUUCAAGAGUCGUUCUAGAAACUACGUUUGA